CAGAUGGACGUGAUACCAGUCUUGGCCACUACAUAUAGAUCACCAACUCACCACAUGUUCCAUCAGACGAAGACUCCAUCCUGAAUCUCGUAAACUCAUUCACCAACAUCGAUAUGUCGACAGACCAAGUCCAAGCCGAAGACAAGAAGUCUCCGGCCGUGGAGAUGGCGACAAUGGAGAAACAGAACUCCAUCGAAGUCGGCGAAGUCUCAGAGAUUAGUGAGCAAGACAUUGUCGCUGCCGAGGGCGAGUAUACUGAGGAGCAGUAUAAACAGCUCCGAAGGAAGAUCGACCGAUACUUGCUUCCGCUCAUGUGGCUAUGCUAUGGUAUCCAACAAACCGACAAAACAGCUCUGGGCACACAGGCAACCUUUGGUCUACGCGAAGACACUGGCCUCCAUGGUCAACAGUACAGCUGGCUGACCACAGUCUUUUAUCUCGUUUACAUGAUCUUCGAGUUCCCUAGCAACAUCGUUCUGCAACGCUACAAGAUGGGAAAGAUUCUGUCUUGUUAUAUGAUCUGUUGGGGAGUUGUUGUGCUUUGCAUCGGGUUUGCUCAGAACUUCACACAUCUGGUUGUCCUCCGUGCACUUCAGGGUCUCUUUGAGUGCUGUAUCUCUCCGGGAUUCAUCUUGGUGGUCGGCAGCUGGUACAAGACCAGAGAGCACGCUUCAAGAUCACUUGUCUUCCAAUCCGCUAAUGCCGGCUUCGGCAUCAUCUCGAGUCUGGCACUGUACGGUAUUGGUAAGCGUGGCGCAAAGAAUCCAGACUCGGAGCCUUGGAGAUGGAUGAGCUACUUCCUCGGUACCAUGACCAUCCUCGUCGGUGUCGCAUGUUUGUUCCUUCUUGGCACGCCAUCAGAGGUCAAAUGGCUAUCGCCCGAGGAGAAGCGCAUGGCCAAUGCACGCAUCGUUGGCAACAAUACUGGACACGACCGUACUGGUGUCAAGAAGUGGCAAUGGAAGCAAGUCAGAGAAUGCCUUAUCGACCCCUGCUUCUGGUUCGCCGGCAUCAAUGCCUUCCUCUCCUCCCUCCCCAACGGCGGUCUUACGACUUUUGCCCACAUCAUCAACACCUCCUUCGGCUUCACCAAUCUUCAAGUCAUCCUCCUCGAUAUCCCACGCAGCGCCUUUUCCGUCCUCUAUUUUGUCGCUGUCGGUCUCAUCACAAGCAGAAAAACUGGCUUGCGUCUGUUUUUCAUGAUCGGCUCUACCAUCCCACCUUUCGUCGGGUUCCUCGGUAUGGCGUUCAUCCCCAAUAAUCCUUCUAUGAAGUGGACGAAAUGGGGCAUGUACUUCAUGACAGUUCCAUACGUCAUCUCCCUCUUCCUCGCCUGGUCCUUGAUCCCCUCCAACACAGCCGGCCGCACAAAGCGAACGUUCACUUCUUCUUUCACCUUUGUAGGUUAUUGCGUUGGCAAUAUGGCUGGCUCUCAGAUCUUCAAGGCUAAAGAUGCGCCAUAUUAUAUUCCUGGGGUUAUUGGUUGCGCUAUCUGUUUCGGCCUUGAAUUUGCGGUCUUGGUUUGCUGGAGGAUUGUUUUGGUGUUGAGAAAUAGGCGGUUGGAUAAAGCUAUUGCUAACGAUGGGUUGACCGAGGAGGAGAGAACUUUGAGGGCGAAGAAGAUGGGGGAGGAGGACAAGACGGAUUUUGAGAACCCUUAUUUCCGGUACACUUUGUAGAUGUACAGGUGGAGAGUUUGAGCAGGAGUGUUCAUGUGAGUUGGGUAGAGUCGUUU